AAUUAUCUCAAUCUGAAGUCUCUACUUCAGAUGAACGCAAUAAUAUGGUUGAUGAGAUAUCUGUCGAAUGUGAUAAUUCAGUCAAUAAUAAUGACAUAUUCGAUGAACAUAAUAAUCUGAUUAAUGAAUACGAAAAUAGCCUGGUUAAUGAAUAUGAAUAUAACCUGGUUGAUGAAUACGAUGAUAACCUGCCAACCAAAAAUAUGUCAAAAACACCAAAUUUAAAAGAAAUAAAUUGGAUUUGGUCUUAUUAUCAACGUUAUGAAGCUGUACCACCCUACAAAACAAUUGUAAGUUGUUUAGUAGAAGUUCAUAAAAAUAAUAAAAGUGAAUUAUGUGGACAUCUUAUGGGGUCAGUAGAUAGCUCAAUGAGAAAUUAUAUUGGUCACUUAGCAACACGACAUGGUAUUACAGAAAGUUCACAUAAUAAAAAAAUAAAACAACCUUUAUCUUCGCAACUUCAAAUUGAUAAAAUGAUUUAUGGUAAUCCAGAACGUAAGCGUCGUUUAGAUCAAAAAUUUGUUGAACUUUUAAUUAAGGAUUAA